AUGUGCGCUGCUGUGAGACAGCCAGUCGCGUGAACCUCCUUGCCACACCAUUUCGGAGUCACUGUCAGUCACACGCUUGGCUCCCUCUACCACUAAACAAUGAGAUAUCACACGUGCGAACUAGGCGCGUUUGUUUUAAGUCGGUAUUAGGAAUUAUGAGGACAAAAAUCCUCUGCUGAACAACGACUGCAAUAAAGACCACUCUUAGCAAUUUCAGUUAAAUAACCGGAUCUGUAGGCUAUUAAUGAACCGUACUGACCGUCCCAGCACGUGUGACGAUAACAUAUUUAUGAUAAAAUCAACGACAAUAUAAAAACUAUCAAAGUGACAUUAGUCACCGGGAAAGAUUUUACUUAAACUCAGAAUUUCAACAUGCUGCAACUGGAUAGUGUUUUAGCUGCGUGAGAAAAAAAGCACAUGAGCAUCUCGAGGAAUCCGCCGUUGUUUUUAGUCAGUCUGUUUCAGCACCAAGGACAGGUACAACUCCCCACAGCAGUUUCAACACUGAACUUCCCCAAUUGACGGACUUAAGGAAACUGAAUUUCCGCUGUAUUGUUGGCGUGUUGCUAUAACGGUUGCAGCAUACUGAAUUAGGAAAACGGACUACUUUAUCCUGUUGCUGUAAAGGUCUGGACUUGGAAUAAUUUCAUCCGAGUAAUAACCGCGACAAACAGGGAGAGAAAUCCGAUACAAAAAAGAUGUCACUGACACCAGAGAGGGACCUCGCAAUGCCAGAAACGUUAGGCCUCUAAAACCAGGCAGUGCUGCACCUUGAAUAUCCCGGAAAAAGAAGCGCCCCAACUCGCCCGUCCUCAUGACCGCUGUAAGGUUUGGCCUCCAGACGGAGGGGCCUCCCUGCCGGGACCUCCACCUGGUCCUGCUGCUGCUCACCCUCACCCUCGUCCCCGAGGCCCUGCCCACCACCAGCUACAACACAGCCCCCAAGCACGAGAUCACGGUGGAGGGGGACCUGGUGAUCGGGGGCCUGUUCCCCGUGCACCACAAAGGCGAGGGCAUGGAGGACUGCGGAGCCAUCAACGAGCAGCGCGGGAUCCAGAGGCUGGAGGCCAUGCUGCUGGCGCUGGACCGGAUCAACCAGGACCGCCGCAUCCUGCCCGGCCUGCGGCUGGGAGCCCACAUCCUGGACACCUGCUCCAAGGACACCUACGCUCUGGAGCAGUCCCUGGAGUUUGUGCGCGCCUCCCUGACCAAGGUGGACGAGAGCGAGUACAUCUGCCCCGACGGGUCGUACGCCAUGCACGACGACUUACCGCUGGCCAUCACGGGCGUCAUCGGAGGGUCCUACAGCGACGUCUCCAUCCAGGUGGCCAACCUGCUCAGACUCUUCCAGAUCCCUCAGAUCAGCUACGCCUCCACAAGCGCCAAGCUGAGCGACAAGACCCGCUACGACUACUUCGCCCGCACCGUGCCCCCAGACUUCUACCAGGCCAAGGCCAUGGCCGAGAUCCUGCGCUACUUCAACUGGACCUACGUGUCCACGGUGGCCUCCGAGGGAGACUACGGUGAGACGGGCAUCGACGCGUUCCAGCAGGAGGCCCGCGCCCGGCAGAUCUGCAUCGCCACGUCCGCCAAGGUCAGCCGCUCCAUGAGCCGGCAGAGCUACGAGGGGGUCAUCCGCUCCCUGCUGCAGAAGUCCAACGCCAAGGUGGUCAUCCUCUUCACCCGCAGCGAGGACGCCCGGGAGCUGCUGGUGGCGGCCGCCCGCAUGAACGUGUCCUUCCUCUGGGUGGCCAGCGACGGCUGGGGGGCGCAGGAGAGUGUGGUGAGGGGCAGCGAACUGGUGGCCGAAGGGGCCUUCACCAUCGAGCUGGCUUCCUACCCCAUCCCGGAGUUCGCAGAAUAUUUCACCAGGCUGGACCCAUACAACAACACCCGCAACCCCUGGUUCCAGGAAUUCUGGGAGCACCGCUUCCAGUGCAGCCUGCACGACCUGAGCUGUGGCCGGCACUCCCUCCGGGACGGCGUUUUCGAGCAGGAGUCCAAGAUCAUGUUUGUGGUGAACGCUGUGUACGCCAUGGCUCAUGCCCUGCACAACAUGAGGCAGGCCAUGUGCCCCAACUCCACCAAGCUGUGUGAUGCCAUGAAGCCAGGUAAUGGGAAGAAGCUCUAUAGGGACUUCAUCCUGAAAAGCAAGUUUGACGCCCCAUUUCGCCCGGCGGACACUGAAAACACGGUCCACUUUGAUUCUUUUGGAGACAGCCUGGGUCGCUACAACAUCUUCCACUACCACAAAGAGGACGGCCGCUUCCUCUACAGGAAAGUGGGGUACUGGGCUCAGAACCUGACCCUCAACACCUCCCUCAUCCCCUGGGACAGCCAGGUGGUGCCCACCUCUCAGUGCAGCGACCCCUGCAAGAAGAACGAGAUAAAGAGCAUGCAGCCCGGGGAUGUCUGCUGCUGGAUCUGCAUCCCCUGCCAACCUUACCAGUACCUGCUGGACCAGUUCACCUGCAUGGACUGCAGCUUUGGCCAGUGGCCCCUGGAGAACCUGAGCGGCUGUUAUGACCUGCCGGAGGAAUACAUCCGAUUUGAGGACGCCUGGGCCAUUGGGCCUGUCACCAUCUCCUGCCUGGGCAUGCUCUGCACCCUGUUUGUCAUUGGCCUGUUCUUCAAGAACAACGACACGCCGGUGGUGAAGGCCAGCGGGAGGGAGCUGUCCUACAUCCUGCUGCUGGGCGUCCUGAUGUGCUACUGCAUGACCUUCAUCUACAUCGCCAAGCCCUCGGCCGCUGUCUGCACCCUGCGCCGGCUGGGCCUGGGGACCUCCUUCGCCGUCUGCUACUCGGCCCUGCUGACCAAGACCAACCGCAUCGCCCGCAUCUUCAACGGCGUGAAGGACGGCGCCCAGCGGCCCCGCUUCAUCAGCCCCACCUCGCAGGUGGUCAUCUGCCUGGCACUCAUCUCCUGCCAGCUGGUGGUGGUGGUGGUGUGGCUGCUGGUGGAGGCUCCGGGCGUGAGGAAGGAGAUAAGCCCUGAGAGGAGGGACGUGGUGACGCUCAAGUGCAACAGCAAGGACUCCAGCAUGCUGGUGUCCCUCACCUACAACUGCGUGCUCAUCAUCCUCUGCACGGUCUACGCCUUCAAGACCAGGAAGUGCCCCGAGAACUUCAACGAGGCUAAGUUCAUCGGCUUCACCAUGUACACCACCUGCAUCAUCUGGCUGGCCUUCCAGCCCAUCUUCUAUGUCACGGCCAGCGACUACAGGGUGCAGACCACCACCAUGUGUAUCUCUGUCAGCCUGAGCGGCUCGGUGGUGCUGGGCUGCCUCUUCGCACCCAAGGUCCACAUCAUCCUGUUCCAGCCCCAGAAGAAUGUGACCACGCUCAGAGUGGCCACCACGCGCUUCAGCGUGACCACUGGCCCCGGGUCCAGCUUCUCACAGGCUUCAGCAUCUAACUUCGUACCGACGGUGUGCAAUGGCAGAGAGGUGGUGGACUCCACAACAUCCUCAUUGUGAAGGCAAUGCUCCUCCCUCAGCCAGUGCAGUUUAGGUAUAAUCUCCAGUGGAAAAUACAGUGUUUCAAAUAUGGGAAUGGUCACUGCAAGUUGUUCUGAUUUUGUUGUUCUCAACGUGCUGUGAGUACAAUGUCCCAAUUCUGUUUUUUCUCUCUCUGACUAGUAGCUAUGGUAAAAGAAAAAACAGUAAAAACAUUAAUAAAUAAAAAGAAUCAGUAUACCCCUUUCUUUUUAAUAAAAGAUGCCCUUUUCUUUGAGAGAUGAAGUAAAUUAUAGUAAAUCUGUUAAAUGUACAAUAUAACAAAUGUUUUUAACGUAGACUUUGGUGAACCAGUUUGUGAUUUAUUGUAAUUUAUGUAAAUAAAAGGUGUUUUUCUAUUAAUAUUAA